CAAUGUAUUGGCAAUGGCAACCCGCCGUCUCCGAUCAUCCAGGGAAAAAUCCGCCGCCGUAGAAUGAGCAAACGUCUACUCAAGUCUGCAGCAUUUCCGCCGCCUCCGCCUCGCCUGAGCUCAUUCAAACUCUCCACGAGGUUCCUCAGCACCGGAGAUACUCUUGAAGGCUUGAUUUCCGACCAGGAAAUCAACGAUACUCCUCCGACUCAACAAUUUUCAACCGAAGACUUGACGUUCAUAAGAAAUUCGAUUUCUGGCCCCGGGGAAUUUGAUUUGAACAAAUGUUCCUCACUUGCUGUUUCGAUAGCAAGUUCAAUCAGAGGCUACAACGACGGAUUGGGGGAGAAAUCGGAGAGAUUCCUUCGGCGGUUUCGGGAGAAGCUCGACGGAGAAUUAGUGGCCAAUGUGCUGAGAAGCGUGGGGAAUGUCGAAUUAGGGGUUAGGUUUUUCAUUUGGGCAGGAAGGCAGAUUGGAUAUGCUCAUUCUACGGCGGUUUACGAUGCGUUGGUUGAAUUGUUGGAAAGAGGCAACGACGACAGAAUCGACGAUCAAUUCCUGCGUGAGAUAGGGAGCGACGACGGCGAAGCUUUGGGUAAACUGCUCAAUUUCCUGAUUCAAAAGCGCUGCCAUGGCGGAAACUGGAAUUCGGCAUUGGAGGAGCUGGGAAGGCUGAAGGAUCUAGGGUACAAGCCUUCAAGGGUAACGUACAAUACAUUGAUGCAUGCUUUCUUAACUGCUGGAAACAUGGACAGUGCAUUGUUGCUUCAUAGGGAAAUGCUGCAUUUAGGUUUUAAGAUGGAUAAACAUGUCUUAGGUUCUUUCUUACAUUUCUUAUGCAAAAUUGGGAGAUGGAGAGAUGCUCUGAAUUCGAUCGAAAAGGAGAAUGUUCAUCCAGAUACUGUAAUUUACACAAGAAUGAUUGUAGGGUUGUGUGAGGCCUCGUUGUUUGACGAGGCCAUGGAGUUUCUCGAUCGAAUGAGAUCGAAUUCGUGUGUCCCGAAUGUGAAAACGUAUCGAGCAUUGCUUUGCGGGUGCUUGAAUAAGGGAAAGCUCGGUAGGUGUAAGAGAAUUCUUGUGAUGAUGAUCGGAGAAGGUUGUUAUCCGAGUCCGAAGAUAUUUUGUUCUCUUGUCGACGCUUAUUGCAAGUCGGGGGAUUAUUCGUAUGCGUAUAAGUUGUUUAAAAGAAUGUCGGAUUGCGGGUGUGAUCCCGGUUAUGUUGUGUAUAAUAUUUUCAUCGGAAGUGUUUGCGGGAGCGAGAAGGCUCCGAGCCGCGAAGUUAUGGAAUUGGCUGAGAAAGCGUACGACGAAAUGGUCGAUUCUGGAUUGUUGUUGAAUAGGGUCAAUGUUAGCAAUUUUGCUCGGUGUCUUUGCGAGUUUGGGAAGUAUGAUAAGGCGUAUAGCGUGAUCGGUGAAACGACGAAAAUGGGGUUCGUCGCGGAUGCGGGUACGUACAACCAAGUUAUCGGUUUUCUAUUCGAUGGAUCGAGAGUGGACAAAGCGCUUUCGUUGUUCCAAGAAAUGAAAAGGAAAGGUAUUAUUCCGAAUGUGUUCACUUACUCGAUUAUGAUCGAUAGGUUUUGCAAAGUUGGAUUGAUUCAGCAGGCUCGACGCUGGUUCGACGAAAUGGUGGAGAAUGAAUGCGCGCCUACCGUCGUAACGUACACGUCAAUGAUCCACACUUAUCUUAAAGAGGGGAAGAUAUCGAACGCGAAUGAAAUAUUCGAGACUAUGCUGUCGAACGGAUGCGUUCCGAAUGUUGUCACUUUUUCAGCUCUGAUCGACGGGUUUUGCAAAGCCGGGGACACGGAUACGGCUUGCGCUAUUUAUGAAAAAAUGAGAGGGAGUACCAACGUACACGACGUCGAUGUGUAUUUCCAAACGUCGAGCGAAAAUCUUGAAGCGCCGAAUGUGAUUACGUACGGAGCUUUAAUCGACGGAUUGUGCAAAAAGCAUCGAGUGAGAGAAGCUCGGGAUCUUCUAAACGCAAUGACCGACGAGGGCUGCGAGCCAAAUCAUAUCGUUUACGACGCUCUUAUCGACGGAUUUUGCAAGGCGGGGAAACUCGACGACGCCCAAAAAGUGUUAUCUAAAAUGUCAGAGUGCGGAUACGCUCCGAACGUAUAUACCUACAGCACUUUAAUCGAUCGGGUCUUUAAAGAGAAACGGAUGGAUCUCGCCGUCGAGCUACUCGCUAAAAUGCUCGAAUUCUCUUGCCCGCCUAACGUCGUAACGUAUACGGCGAUGGUCGACGGGCUGUGUAAAGUCGGGAAAACUGACGAGGCGCAGAAGCUGAUGGUGAUGAUGGAGGAGAAGGGUUGCAAACCGAACGUCGUGACGUAUACGGCGAUGAUCGACGGGUUAGGGAAAGCCGGGAAAGUCGAUCGAAGCUUGAAACUCUUCGACGACAUGAUUGGGAAGGGUUGCGCUCCGAAUUACAUCACGUAUACGGUUUUGAUAAAUCAUUGCUGCACCGGGGGGCGGUUGGAUGACGCGUAUCGACUCGUCGAGGAGAUGAAACGGACGCAUUGGCCUCGUCGGUUGGCGAAGUCGAACUCUCGGAAGGUUUUCGAUGGGUUCGGCGUGGAAUUUUUGUCGAGUCUCGAGUUGAUGGAGGAGAUGGGUAGAGAUUGUUCAUCGUCGCCGCUUGCUCCGGUUUACAGAGUUCUGAUCGAUAGUUUUCGGAAGGCCGGAAGGCUGGAAAUGGCGAUGAAGCUGCAUAAUGAGUUAACUUUUGAAGAUAACGGUAACUAACUGACUCGCAACGGUCAUAUGAAAAUAGAGGUAUUUUGUUGUAGCUUUAGACUAUAGCUUGAUCUGAUCUGGAAUCGAAUUUGUACUGUAGAUUGUUAGAUUGUUGUUAUGUAGCUCUUUGGGUAUAUACGUGAAAGUAUUUGUUUACAUACACAUACAUACA